UUGAGUCUGGAUAACACAGUAUAAAACAGACAAAUGCAUUGAAUGCAUGUUAAAAAAAAUACUUUAAUUAAAAAAAAAUACAUUAAUAGAUAUGCUGAGAAAAUGCACUAAGGCAAAACCGAAAUAAUAUUGCCAAAAUGAUCAUCCUGUAAAAUGACUUAAAAAAAAAAAAAAAAAGCAUUUUAAAGAGGUUGAGGAGAAAGUUUUUGAAAUUUAAAAUAAGUUCUAUGAAGACACAGUUAGAAUUCAGGGCUGUUACAGAAUGGAACAUAUUCAACCAGUGUAAUAUCUUCUGUAUCUCCACUCCAACCACACGUGUAAUAACAGCCAUGCAGCAUUUGAUUAAUGUUGGUAACCUUGUAACAGUGUGCAUUGUUAGUGGUAACGAUGACACUGGGAUCCACUAAACAUAUAGCUGUAGUAAAUUGAAAAACGAAAAUGCAAAUUACAGGGUAAAUAAUGAAAGUGAGGAUUGAAAGUGAAUUUCAAAUUGAAGGUUAUAAUAGCUGAGCUGUCAGCAAUCCAUCCAGUUUGGCUACUUUGGCCUUAAAUUUGAAAUUCACUUUUAAUUCGGACAUUAGUGAAUAACCCCGUAAAAUAUCUAAAAUAUUCAGGCUGUGAUUAUAGCCAAGUUGGAGUUUUCUUUAUUUUGUUUUUAAACAUUAACCAGUCUGAAUUUGUAAACUCCAGAUUGUAAGCUCAUGGGGUGCUUGGCAUAGUACGGUGUGGAAGGUUAAAGUCACCGGUAGAAUUAAGAGCAGUUAUUGCUGAGCUGAUUGUUAGAUCACAACCUACAGAAAUGUUCCCCAAUCCCCAUACUCUUAAACUGCCUGCUUUGUGCAUAGAGAUCUGUACCCCGAACACCUGUGAACAGUACCCAAACCUACAUUACCCAAAGCUAAGCAUGACACCAGGGAGAAAGUGCCGGGGUACUCAAUCCCAAAUCAAGGGUUACCAAAAUCAAUCUUCCAAACCUCACUGGGGGUACAUCAGUCUACCACCUGAUGUAACUAGGCUGUACAAAACACCAACCUCAAACCAGGGAGGGUGCUGUACCUUAACUAGAAGGUGUGUACCCCUUUAUUCCUCACCAGGGGAUUGGUAGCAUUCCCAACCAUUGUGGGCUAAAUGUCUAUCACUAAGCUGAGUUUUAGGGCACCCUUUAAUGCACACACACUCUCUCUCUCUCUCUCUCUCUCUCUCUCUCUCUCCCUCCAAGGAGCCACCUGACUGCUAUUUUGGGGUCAAGAAGGAAUUUUUUCCUAGUUUGUGGCAAAAUUGGAAGCGCUUCAGAAGGGUUUAAAUUUGGAUCAACAGCAAGAACAAAUGUGAUGAAGGUUGAACUUGAUGGACACAAGUCUCUUUUCAGCUAUGUAAUUAUGUAACACACACACACACACACACACUCUUUAUCUCUCUAUCAUAUAUUAAAUAUGUGUAUAUUAUAAAGCAGGCGGUGUAUAUAAUAAGUAUAUUUAUAAUGUGUAUAUUAUAUGUUAAGUAGAUAUACCCUCAUUGAAAGAAUGUAUGCAUUUAAUUAUACAUUUUAUUAUUAUUAUUUUUUUUUUUAGCCAUAACGUGUUAAUCUCAAAACAUCUCCCUCCUCAGUUCCCUCUCUCCCCCCUGGUGUUUCCCUCCAUGUCUCCCUCCAUCCUGUGUCUCUCCACCCCAGGGGUCACAUUGUAUCAUUGUCACCAGACUGGUUGCUAGGUAACUAUUCAGUUGGGGACAUUUCCUCCCCCCUGGGAGGGAGUUUGUCUUGGAGACAGGAGGUGUGAACUCCCCUCCUCCACCCCUUGUUACUAAGGACGCUAAACUCACUGAUCAUAUAAAGAGCAGUCAGACACGGGGGGGGAUAGCAGAAUUCCCAAAACCGACCCCAUAACUCAUCGGAAUCAGGAGAAACCAACUACAACCAAAACAUCAUCAUGGUAAGUACCUACCUGGAGCUCACUGUCAGCCUGUACUGCCCUGUGUAUUCUCUGUGUACCUGGAUCUCACUGUCAGUCUGUACUGCCCUGUGUAUUCUCUGUGUACCUGGAUCUCACUGUCAGUCUGUACUGCCCUAUGUAUUCUCGGUGUACCUGGAGCUCACUGUCAGUCUGUACUGUCCUGUGUAUUCUCUGUGUACCUGGAGCUCACUGUCAGUCUGUACUGUCCUAUGUAUUCUCUGUGUACCUGGAGCUCACUGUCAGUCUGUACUGCCCUAUGUAUUCUCUGUCCUACCUGGAGCUUACUGUCAGUCUUUACUGUCCUAUGUAUUCUCUGUGUACCUGGAGCUCACUGUCAGUCUGUACUGUCCUGUGUAUUAUUAUUAUGAUAUUUAUAGAGUGCCGUCAAAUUCCGCAGCGCUUUACAAUGGGUGGACGAACAGACAUGUAGUUGUAACCAGACAAGUUGGACACACAGGAACAGAGGGGUUGAGGGCCCUGCUCAAUGAGCUUACAUGCUAUAGGGAGUGGGGUAAAAUGACACAAAAAGGUAAGGAUAGUAUUAGACUAGUGACAGUUGCAGAAGAGGAAUCAGUAUUCUCUGUGUACCUGGAGCUCACUAUCAGUCUGUACUGUCCUGUGUAUUCUCUGUGUACCUGGAGCUCAAUGUCAGUCUGUACUGUCCUAUGUAUUCUCUGUAUACCUAGAGCUCACUGUCAGUCUGUACUGUCCUAUGUAUUCGCUGUGUACCUGGAGCUCACUGUCAGUCUGUAUUGUCCUUUGUAUUCUCUGUGUACCUGGAGUUCACUGUCAGUCUGUACUGUUCCAUGUCUGUAUUCUCUGUGUACCUGGAGCUCACUGUCAGUCUGUACUGUUCCGUGUCUGUAUUCUCUGUAUACCUGGACCUCACUGUCAGUCUGUACUGUUCCAUGUCUGUAUUCUCUGUGUACCUGGAGGUCACUGUCAAGCUGUACUGUUCUCUGUAUUCUCUGUGUACCUGGUGCUCACUGUCAGCCUGUACUGCCCUAUGUAUUCAGUGUGUACCUGGAGCACACUGUCAGCCUGUACUGCCCUAUGUAUUCUCUGUGUACCUGGAUCUCACUGUCAGUCUGUCCUGUCCUGUGUAUUCUCUGUGUACCUGGAGCUCACUGUCAGUCUGUACUGUCCUGUGUACCUGGAGCUCACUGUCAGUCUGUACUGUCAUAUGUAUUCUCUGUGUACCUGGAGCACACUGUCAGUCUGUACUGCCCUGUGUAUUCUCUGGGUACAUGGAGGUCACAAACAGCCUGCGGCAUCUUAGAUGUGUUAGUAAUUGGAUAUUUUUACCUAUUAGGAUGGGGAAAGUGUAUGUCACGCAUCACAACAUUUUAUUUUGAAUGAACCUGUGAGUUUGCAAGUUACCUCUAUCCACUAGCAAACAGUAUGACUAAUUUACUCUUUUACCCACCGGCAAUAGGUUUUUAAUUUUUUUUGUGACAAUCAAUUAUUUGGUGGGCGCUAUGGAUGAGCCACCCCUGGACCGAGACAGUUAAACAUUUAGGUGAUUGAGAUUAUGAUAAUGUGCACAAAAUCUGGUUUAAUACCCACAAUUCACCUCACAAUAUACCUGUAAAAAGAGUCUAAUCUAGUGAACGUUAAUUCUCUGACAUAAAAAUGGUUUCUCCUGUGGCGUUAUUCACUAAACAACAAAUUGUGGUCAAAUAAAAAACAAUCGGUAACAUUUAAACACGGUGAGACAAGAUUGCGGAGACUAUAGCUGCUCUUUUUCCUAAAGUUGUUUUUUAUUUUUCUUCAAUUCACUGUUUAGAGAUUAACCCCCUUUAUCUUGUCCUGUCUGUGACUUCCUGUCUCUGAGGAACAUUUAAUGGUAUUUACCGGCUCACUUUCAAGACACCAUCUCCCUAAUCUGAUAUCCCGACUCACACUCCAUUCUUCUUUCUCUACAGAGGGAAUGUAUCUCAGUUCACGUUGGACAGGCUGGAGUGCAGAUUGGCAAUGCAUGCUGGGAGUUGUACUGUCUGGAGCAUGGAAUCCAGCCGGACGGACAGAUGCCCAGUGAUAAGACCAUUGGUGGAGGAGAUGAUUCCUUCAACACCUUCUUCAGUGAGACUGGGGCUGGGAAACACGUCCCCCGUGCUGUGUUCGUUGACUUGGAGCCCACCGUCAUUGGUGAGUGUGAGAGGGUCCCUGGAUAGUGUUUGGUGGGUAAUAAACCACCUUUAUGGUAAUAACAGACCUGAAGAUAUUCUAGUAUCCAAGUGCCAUGAGGUAGAAUCCCCCAAACCAAGAAACUAAAGCAACUCAUCAAAUACAAAAUGUCAGUUAGUGCAGCGAACAAUUCACCACCAAAGAAUGGCGACAUUUCAAUCCACCAAAAACCACUUUCAACGUAAAAUUUCACAUUUCACCAGAUUCCAAAAUUUUUGCCGUAUCAUUUGAGAUGGCCAGAUAAUGCCUUCAAUCUGAUACCAACCAAUAAUCCCAUUACAGUAACAGACCAAACACUAUAAAUAGGUUUCUUGUAUAUUGGUUAGAGAAAGAUUCUAAAUUGCCCCAAUCUCCCCGCAUUCUGUUAUAAUAAUAAUAGUAUAUAAUAAUAAUAGUAUAUAAUAAUAAUAGCUGCAGCAAUGUACAGAGCUAUAAGCCUGCACGCAGAUCACAGUGAUCACACAACAUAUCCCACAAAUGUGUUUUUUCCUACUAAAAAAAUCAUGCUCACUGCAGUAUAGGUUCUCAUUAUGUUUCAAGUACUUUUUGACUCUUACAAUGCCAUUAACUACCAACAUAUUACAAAGUGAGGUCAACUGUAGCCUGGAAAAUGAUUUUACUUAAUUUGAUUUCAACUAAUCACCUUAAUCCUUACUCUACAGAUGAGGUGAGGACAGGAACCUACAGACAGCUCUUCCAUCCAGAACAACUGAUAACAGGCAAGGAAGACGCGGCAAAUAACUACGCCCGUGGUCAUUACACUAUUGGCAAGGAACUCAUCGAUCUGGUGCUGGACAGAAUCCGCAAGCUGGUAAGUCAUGUCCAGUCUAAAUAAAAACAUACAAGUUGCCAUGUCUUUUUUCUAAAUGUUGGAUCAAAAAUAUACCAUAAACUGGAUAUUUGGCAAAAUGUUGUCUUGUGAUCUCCAAUGCAAAGCUUAAUGUAGACUGUCACCAAUAACUGUUUUAAUUCUCGGGUUAAAAACUGCCCAUGUUAUGUCUAAUAUCUUUGUGUGUCUCUCUUUAGGCCGAUCAAUGCACAGGACUCCAGGGCUUCCUUAUCUUCCACAGUUUUGGAGGUGGCACCGGCUCUGGCUUCACCUCCCUGCUGAUGGAACGACUCUCUGUUGACUACGGCAAGAAGUCCAAACUGGAAUUCUCCAUCUACCCAGCUCCUCAGAUCUCCACAGCUGUGGUUGAACCAUAUAAUGCCAUCCUGACCACCCACACCACACUGGAGCACUCUGACUGUGCUUUCAUGGUGGACAAUGAGGCCAUUUAUGAUAUCUGCCGCAGAAACCUAGAUAUUGAGCGUCCAACCUAUACUAACCUGAAUCGUCUGAUUGGACAGAUUGUGUCAUCAAUCACAGCCUCCCUUAGAUUUGAUGGAGCUCUAAAUGUGGACUUGACAGAGUUCCAGACCAACCUGGUGCCCUAUCCCCGUAUCCACUUCCCAUUGGCCACUUAUGCCCCUGUUAUCUCUGCAGAGAAGGCUUAUCAUGAGCAGCUUUCUGUAUCUGAGAUAACAAAUGCUUGCUUUGAGCCAGCCAACCAGAUGGUAAAAUGUGACCCCCGUCACGGUAAAUACAUGGCUUGCUGCUUGCUCUACAGAGGUGAUGUGGUGCCCAAGGAUGUCAAUGCAGCUAUUGCCACCAUCAAGACCAAGCGUACCAUCCAGUUUGUGGACUGGUGCCCAACUGGUUUCAAGGUUGGUAUCAACUACCAGCCUCCCACUGUGGUACCCGGUGGAGAUCUGGCCAAGGUACAGCGUGCCGUGUGCAUGUUGAGUAACACCACAGCCAUUGCCGAGGCCUGGGCUCGUCUGGACCACAAGUUUGACCUGAUGUAUGCCAAGCGUGCCUUCGUGCACUGGUAUGUGGGAGAAGGAAUGGAGGAAGGAGAAUUCUCUGAGGCCCGAGAGGACAUGGCUGCUCUGGAGAAGGAUUAUGAAGAAGUUGGCACUGACAGCGUGGAUGGAGGAGAAGAAGGCGAGGAGGGAGAAGAAUAUUAAACUGAUGAACAAAAAUGUCAAUUACAAAACAUCCUAACAUUGAGCUGUAGUUUUAAUAAAAAUAUAUUUUAUAUUAUACUUUCUGUGUUGAACUUAUG